GAGAGAGAGAGAGAGGCAGGACUGCGGGCCACUCCGCGCCCUUGCGCUCCAGUCGGGCGCCGCAGUGGGGGCUGCUCUUGCCGCUCUCUUCCUCCUCCUCCUCCUCCCUCCCCGUGGGCCCCCCGAGUGGGGAGGAGGCGGAGGAGAAGCCCACGCUCGUGGCUGCUGCCAUGGCGGCUCCCCAAAGUUUCCCGGUGCACAGGACGGAGCCCAGCUGAAGGAAGGAGGCGCCCCCAAGUCUCCCCUCGCGAAGAAGAUGGAAAAUGUCUCCAGUUCCACAGCGUUCCUGUCCUCCUUAUCCGAAGGAGAAGACCUGAUUUUUGGAAGUCUCUAUAUACUCUUUGGUGUAGUCUCUCUCUUUGGAAACUCUCUCCUCUUGCUGGUAGCAUAUCGGAAGAGAACCAUCUUAAAACCUGCUGAAUUCUUUAUUGUGAAUCUCGCCAUCAGUGAUGUGGGCAUGACUGUGAUCCUCUUUCCACUGGCCACAUCAUCCUUCUUUGCACACAGGUGGCUGUUUAGCCAUGCCAUGUGCACCUUUUAUGCCUUCUGCGGAGUUCUCUUUGGCCUGUGCAGUCUCACCAGCCUAACAGCAUUGAGCGCCGUUUGCUGCAUGAAGGUCUGUUAUCCGGCAUAUGGCAAUAAGUUUUCUCCCACAUAUGCCAGUGCACUGCUAGCAUGUGUCUGGGCUUAUGCUCUCAUCUUUGCCGUGGCUCCUCUAGCUGACUGGGGCAGUUAUGGACCAGAACCGUAUGGGACAGCCUGCUGCAUCAAGUGGAAAGCAUUGACCAGAGAAGCAAAAUACUACAUCAUGGCCCUCUUUAUCUUCUGCUACAUCAUCCCAUGCCUCCUGAUCCUCAUCUCUUACUCACUCAUCCUUUGGACUGUGAAAGUCUCCAGAAGAGCAGUGAAGCAGCACAUGUCCCCACGGAGUAGAGCCAACAGUGUUCACAGUUUGAUUGUCAAGCUCAGUGUUUCCGUGUGCAUCGGGUUUCUGGCUGCUUGGACCCCCUAUGCCAUUGUUGCCCUGUGGUCAGCUUUUGGUGAUGUCAGCCAGGUGCCCGUCUUGGCUUUUGCCCUUUCGUCUGCAUUUGCCAAGUCCUCAGCAACCUACAACCCUCUGGUUUAUCUGCUCUUCAAACCUAAUUUCCAUAAAUACCUGUCCAAAGAUCUCUCGCUGUUGCAGGCUCUCUGCGCUGUCUUCUGCUGUACUCGGCCCAGGGUCAUUGCCCUCCAGUCCUUCCACACACGAGAUGGCAGAGCUUCCAUGAGAUUCUCCAAUGCUUUCACUGACCAUCGUGGAUCUUGCAGGAACUGCGCUGACACUUUUGAAUGUUUCCGUAACUAUCCCCGGUGCUACAGGCUCAGCCAGAAGCGUGACACAACCUCCAAGAGCAAUCCCCUGGCAAUCCUGGCGGAUGGAGCUACUUGCCGGCCAAGUCUGAAGAGAACCGUGCAGGUCAUGGUCCUCGUUACGAGGAAGAAGACUGGAAUGGGGACUAUGAAUGUGACAGGGGAUGUUCUGCCCUCAAACAUUGCAAGAGACCUAAUGUAAGCAUGCCAAGAGGAAAGGGAGGGAGGGUUAGCCCCUUUCUUCCUAGGGCAGACAAGAACAUUUGAUAGCAAUCUGAAGCAGAGCAUAGGAAAGUUCCUUGGGGAGACUACAACUUCCAGAAUCUCCAUGUUAGGUGUGAUGACUGGGGAUUCUGGGAGUUGUAGUCUAAACUGUCCUAAGUUCUGACAUCUACAAAUCCAUCUUUUGUCCAUAUGUACUGUGGUUCCCAAAGUGUGCUUUGCAGGUCAGAGGAUACUUCAAAUCUUACACCAGCAUAUUUUUUUUUCAUCAUGAACUUUUUCACAACUUAUAUAUUUUUUACAGUUGCAAUUUUGUGCCAACAAUUUGCACCUGGACGAAAAAAGCAAAGCAAAUUGAUAAUGUCCCAUUCCUUCCUACCCACCUAUCCCCACCACAAACCUCUCCAGUCACCCCUUUUGGUCAUUUAUAACAUUACAUGGCACAAAUGUGAGAAUUGGUUUCUACCUCUGCAACCUGCAUAGUGCUGUGGUUAGGUUAUCAAACUCAUGUUCCAGCAGUCCCAUGCAGUUGACAUCAGAGGCAGAUACAAAUUAAUUCCUUGCACAAUUAGAAGCUAAUGUUUUAAUCCAAUCAAGCUGUGUUGGCAACCACUCAGAUGUACCAUAAUACAGAUUAGGUGCAUGUCCAGUAUGCAGCCAAACCAGCAGGCUGGUACAGAGACUGCUGCAGUCACAAUGUCAGCACCUCAGUUCUGUAAGUUUUCUUUUGAAGUCUAGCUUGGGCCUAAGUGCUGAAACAGCCCAAAACAGAAGUUGGAAACACUCCUUUUUUGAAUGUCAGCUUCCAUAAUCACUCAGCCAGUAUAGCCAGUAGGGAUCCUGGGAUUUGUCAUCCAAAAGGUGACAUUGCAAAAAUGUAUUUAUUUGAUUUCCAAUGGUUUAUUUCACAUGCACACAUAUGUCUUCAUUAGUUUUUCUUUUGUUCAAUGUUGGAAGAACAAAUUUCUUCCAAAAAGCUUCCAUGAUGGAAAGCUAAGCAAUUUAAGGUGCUACUCCAACCAGUUUCCUACCUUGACUUCGACAGCCUCAAGACAACAAUGGAACCAUCUGGUGAAAGUGUAUCUUUUCCUUGUGAGGGGUAAUGACACACCUAUCUACCUCACAAGAGAGGCUUGUAUAGAUGGAACACCCUAAUAUCUACAGGUGCUUUGAAUAUGGCGGCAUUCAGUAUUACUUCAUCUGAAUGUAUGUCUACCAUGAUCUGAGAAAACAACAACUACUAAGGCCAAAAAAUAAAUGCCUAUUCUAUAGGGAAGAGUUUCCUGAUAAACAGUCGCUCAAUGCAUAGAAGAUACUGGACUCCAAGGACACAGCAUCCACUCUGGUUGGACUAGAGUCACAAAGUCUGGGUUUGACAAUGAGAAUUUUGUCAUCUUUUUAGCACUAAGAAGAGAAGACAUUUCCUAGAAUGGCAGGGCUACAGCCGAAGAAAUCGGUGCUGAAGAUUUAAAUGACAGAUCCACUGGUGUCAGUGAAAAUAAUCCUAUCCCUGUUAGUCUGGCACAAAAGAAUAUACCUGAUUUCAACACCAACAAAACUAUGUUGACUACAUGAUAUGACAAUGUGGCCAUUCUGUUUUUUAGACAGCAACACGUUGCCUUUGUCUCUUUUUCAGUAAUGAUGCAAGAACAAUGUUCUUCCUAGUUAACCCUCUGCAAUGUCCUGUUUGGCAAAGUUCACCAACAAAAUUUACUUCUUUGGACUACAACUCUCAGAAUCCCCCAGCCAUUGCCCUUGCUUUAGUGUUUGGAAAAGGAGACCUUACCUUUUUUUUCCCCAAAACUAAAACUAUACUUCAAAGAAUUUCCAAUUUUGGAAAAUUUACACUUCCAAUGGAAACGUUGCACCUAGUGGCUGCCAAAACAAAACUGGUCCUUGGGCCCAUCUAAAUUGCCAAUGCCACCUAUCAAAGAUACAAGCAAACCAACCCAAUUCAUUGUUCCAUUUUUUAAAGGUAUGUUUGAAAUGGGGAGUUCUUAAUAUCUUACAGAAACCUUAUAGAUUAGGUACCCUCCAGAUGUUUGGCCUUCACCUUCCAGAAGUUCUAGCCAGCUUGUUCAAUGGUCAGGAAUUCUGGGAGCUGGAGAGCCAAACAGCUAGAGAGCUGCAGUUUGAGGAUGCCUGCUAGAAAUCUUGCUCAUAUUAUCUGUAAGGAUUCUAUAAGAUUGAUGGAGAACAGACAUUUUGAGAAUUUGAGGAAGAACAUCCCUACCACCACCACCAGUUGCUUUAGUUUUGACGACAAAUCAAAGAGAAAAUAUGGAAGUGAAAUGUAUCUUACCAUUCAUCCAAACACUGUAAUUGUCUAAUAGAUAUUAAAACAAAGGAUAACAUUAGAUUAAAAUUCCAACCAUCCCCAGGCAGUAUGGAUAUAAUUAGGGGCUGAGAUCCAACUUUGGAAGAGCCCAAAGGCACAGUUUGGUGAAGGCCAGUAUGCUUGAGUAACAGUGGCUUGUGUCCAGCAAAAAUAACUCCUUUCAACCAUCUAACUAGUCACCCUAAUCAGAGGUACCAUGACUUGAUUCUGUAGACCAGGGGUCCUCAAACUAAGGCCCGAGGGCUAGAUGCGGCCUUCCAAGGUCAUUUAUCUGGCCCUCACUCAGGGUCAACCUGAGUCUGAAAUUAUUUGAAAGCACACAACAACAACAACAACAACCCUAUCACAUCAGCCAAAAGCAGGCCCACACUUCCCAUUGAAAUACUAAUAAGCUUAUAUUUGUUAAAAUUGUUCAUUUUAAUUAUUGUAUUAAGUGUUGUUUGCACUACAAAUAAGAUAUGUGCAGUGUGCAUAGGAAUUCAUUCAUGUUUAUUUUUGUUUUCAAAUUAUAAUCCGGCUCUCCAACAGUUUGAGGAACUGUGACCUGGCCCUCUGUUUAAAAAGUUUGGGGACCCCUGCUAUAAAUAGACUAUCUAAUCUCCAUGUGGUUCCCCUCCUCAUAUAACAACAACAUGCUUUUGGAACACAAGUGACAAAUGCCACCUCUAGAGACCACUAUGAUACAAGUAAAUGCUUGAGGCCAGUCCAUACAACCAUGUUACUGUGCAAAUUCCAACCCAAAAUGUUUUUCGUUACCUGUUUUUAAGCCAUUUCUGUUUUCUCCAACCCACUUUAGUCUCAGUAAUCGUGGUCCUAGCAAUCUCCCUCUGCAGCUUUGCACAUCUCAUUUCAUCUGCAAAACCAUCUCAGGAUGGCUUUGCAGUCAGCAAUCCAUCACAUGCACUGGCAUAUUUGCUGCAAGGUGUGCGGGCUUAUUAUCCUGCCUGUUUCGGCAAAGCAGGAAGAACCGACUUAGGAGAACAUUUAGUAGUUCCCUUCAAAGGAGUCUGAGAAAGAGAUGAGGAAACCAAUCUAUAACCCUCCAGUCACUCUCAGCCUGUGGUUGCUCUGCCCUCCCAACCUAAUGAUGAUGAAUUAAAUAUUCGUGAUAGAGAUUAGAAAAAUUACUUUGAUUAUGACAUGUCUCAGAAUUCCCCACUGGAAUUUUGGGAUUUAUAAUCAGAAACAUAAUGUUUCCAAACUCUUACCAACAGCUAUAACAUUUUUUUCAAUUGGCCAGUAUCAUUCGAAAUAGUGCUGUUCCAUCUCUGCAAGUUACCCAAAAUCCUGUGAAAAGGAAUGAGAAGGUGGCCAGAACCUAUCUUCAAAUGUUUAAGUAAUGGUCAAAUAGUUUUUUUGUGCAGCAGUCCAGAAGAAGGAGGGUGCUGCUAUAUCACUUUGCUCUAUAUUCUCUCCACAGCAUAGGAUAAAUUACUUGUCUUCCUGAAUUCUCUAAUCUGAUUCUCACCUCCUUCUCAUGGAUUCCUUCUCUCCAGAUACAGACAUUGCUAUUCUCAGCGUGAAUUCUUGCAGAAGCAAAAUGCCAGCACUGUACCUUUUUUUGUAGACUCCUCAAAUAAAAUUUGCUGGGAUGACAGGGGAAACCUAAGCUGGGAUCCCACUGCUUUGCCCUCCAAGAGUACCCUCUGUUAAAGAUACUCUGGAAGAGGAAUGCUAUUUGAAAGUUUGGAAAUGUUGCAAUUUUAGAUAGCAACAUCCAGAGAAUCAUAGAGUUGGAGGAGACCUCAUGGGUCAUCCAGUCCAACCUCCUGCCAAGAAGCAGGUAAAUCACAUUCAAAGCACCCCUGACAGAUGGCAAUCCAGCCUCUGUUUAAAAGCCUCCAAAGAAGGAGCCCCCACCACAGUCAGAGGCAGAGAGUUCCAGUGCUAAACAGUUCUCACAGUCAGGAAAUCCUUCCUAACGUUCAGGUGGAAUCUCCUUUCCUGUCGUUUGAAGCCAUUGUUCUGCAUCCUAGUCUCCAGGGCAGCAGAAACCAAGCUUGCUCCCUCCCUAUGCUUCCCCUCACAUAUUUAUAUGAGAGGAAGAUAAUUGUCAUCUAAAAAAAGUUGUAGUCCAUGAAAGUAUAUUUCCCAAGUGCUGCCUUCUACAUGGCUUCUUCAGCUCUGGAAAAGAAAAUGGGACAUCAGAGAUGCAACUUGGAACAAAGGAUGACAAAGCCAAGAAGAGAAGCCAAAUGGCCUGGUGACUUGCGAUGCCACAGGGAAUGUACACAUCAGCUUCUUCUUCCUCAGACCAUUGUUCUGUCAAACCCAAGACUGUUGGACUAGCAGUGAUUCCCUGAGAUCUCGGGGAGAGAUCUUUUCCAGCCCUGCUACCUAAGGACCUUUUUAUAACCAGAAACACCAGGGACUGAACCUGGGACUUUCUGCAUGCAAAGCAUGUGCUGAUCUCCCACAAGCAACAGCCACUGAAACAAGCUGCCUUUGCUUCCACUCGAUUACAUUUAUCGGGUUGAUAAAGUGAUGAUUAAGGCUAAGAAGAGGAAAUGGCUUUAAAGGAAAAAAACAAAGCUUUUUUUUCUCUGUGGGAGUCAGUCCAGGGGGGCAAAAGAAACCAAAACCCAGGCAAUAUCUGAAGUGCUCUCCUCUUGUUUAACUGGGGCAGAGAACAAGAAAUCUGCAAGCACGUCACUGUUGGCAAGCAAUUGCCCUCUGCUUUACUGAAACAACUCUCUAUGCAGGGGAGAUAAUGUCAGUGGAACAGCGACAUCCAAGAAAGAGAAAAUGAAGGGAUACAUAAGGAAAAAACACACACAGAAAAACACACCACGCACACACAGAAAACAGCAUGAUGGCUUUUUUGACUGGAUGACAUAUCAACCAGGCAAAGCAAGAUGUGACAACCUAAGAGGAUGAGGUGCAAUGGCCUCAUCCUGUGCCCUUUAAAGGAAAGAGACAAAGCUUAAAUCAACAACGCACCUGUGGUUCUUUCAGCCUCAACAGCAGCUGUGCUUCAAAGCCAGACUGACUGGGUGGCAGCCAUUCGUGCACUAUAUUAUUGGGCAACUGCUAGCCAUUUCUGUCCUUAGGUGAAUGUGCUCCUGCGCUCCCUUUGCAAAAAGUAGUAUUUAUGCAAGCGCACAAUAGAGAGACAAAUGUAGGAUAACAUGGGUGAGACCGCAGCCAAGAUGGGCAUGAUGAAUCAAA